GGCGGGGUGGUAAAGAGGCGUGGACGGAGCCAACAUCACAGGCCAAUGCAGCUUCCUGCACGGCGUGUACCUCCGUCUGAGGACCAGGUUUCUCUCAUCCGGAGGAGUUCUGGCUGGAUGUUCCCUUGAGGCGUCUCCAGUAUCAGGAUGAAACCGAUAUAGUGAUAAAGGGACACCCAGAAGCGGAUCUUGUUUUCACUCUCCUACAGGCGGAGAGAUGAAGAAUCCAUUGGCCGAUGUAGCCCUGACAUUGUGGCUAUUUCUGGAGUGUGUAGAAGCCAAAAAGUACUGUUGGUAUUUUGAAGGUGGAUAUCCUAUCUACUUUAUAUGCCGCUCCUACGAGGACUGCUGUGGGACUCGCUGCUGUGUGAGAGCCCUGUCCAUCCAGAGACUGUGGUACUUCUGGGUGCUGCUGAUGAUGGGAGUUCUGUUCUGCUGUGGUGCUGGUUUCUUCAUCCGCAGGCGGAUGUAUCCGUCCCCUCUGAGAGACGAGCCAGCGUUCAACGUCUCCUUCACCAGGCACCCUGUCACCACACCAGUUUCUCAGCAGCCAGGAAGUAUGCAGGGCUAUGGGGUGAAUGGGAUGACCGGUGGUGACCCAGGGGUUACUAUGACACACCCGGCGUACCCAGCACAGCCUGGCUCUGCCCAUAUGAUGAUGAGCUCCUAUCCUCCACCUCCAUCCUACUGCAACCACCCACCACCGCCCUAUGAACAAAUAUUCCAAAACAGCGACAAGAAGUAAUUUCCAGAAGGCGUUAUGGAGAUGGAAGUUGAUGAGAAAGAGGGAAGGAAGAAAAGGAAAAAGGCAGUUAGAGGCAGUGGGAAGCCUUCAGCUUAACUGUUUUUGGAUCCAAGACUUGGAAAACACAAUCUGCUGUCCUAUAAGAAAGACUAAAAGAGGCACAGGAACCAGAAUCUACUGUAAACACACACACACACUGCUUCAUCUGGAGUGCUUCAUUUAUUCAUGUUUUAUGUGCACAGUGACUGCACUGGCCUUGCUGAACUGAGGAUGAGGGAGGAAGAACCUGUUUCAGAUCAAGGUUUGGGAUUCAUUCACUGUCUCUCUCCACUGUGCAGCUCAAGCUAUAACGCCUGCCAGUCUCAUAAUGUAUUAAAAUGCUGGAGAUGUACACUGAUAUACAAACUUUUCUUCAGAGCAGUUUCAAGAAUGACACCGACUUAUUUUCUACCCAGCAUUUUACUGCACCAUGGGCUCUUUAAUAAAAACUGAUCAUUUAGUACAGAUAUGUAGUCUAGUUAUGUAAUGACAGAAGUGACGCUGUGAUGAUAGAUGCUCUUGAUCAACUGUACUGUCAUAUGCUGAGUGUGGGUGGUAAGUCAGUCACGUGUGCUCCGCCACUACACACCAAUUCUGCCACUCCGUAUGCACUGCUAGGUUCUGUUAAAGUGCACUUUAUGCACUUUUCAGGUUCUGUUAAAGUGCUGGUGUAUGCUUUCGGCCUCCAUCUGUCUCCUCAGGUGUUCCACCUCCUUUUUAUAACCCUGUGCUGAAUUAAUUUAAAGAAAUACAUGAGCACACUGUCAUAUCACACAAUAGGUGUGUGUUUCUUCUCCUCAAUAUGACAAUGUGACUAAAAGAGAAACGGUAAACAUAGAUCUCAGGUAACUAUGUAUCCAGUCGGCCAUUCACAGACUGAAUGUGAGGAAUGACUUCAAAUUAUCGCCACACUCAUUUAUAAUUAGUAGGAAAUUUAAUCUUAUCAUUGAAUUCAAUAAAUUUGUUUCAUUUACUGAAGCUUUUGGGAAAAAUAGAUUUUAAAAGUAGUCUUGCCUUUAAGUGCAGAGAUGAAUCAAAGGUGUUGUGUCUAGGUUGGAACAUCUUACCCUGCUACCUCUGCUCUCUCUCUUCUUGCCAUGAUGCUGACGAUAGUCAAAAUAAUCCAAAACAUGAGAUAAAUGUUGGAUAUUGUUGUAUAUCUGACAAAUUGUUCACCCUGAAGUCACAAAUGUGUCUCAGCUCAGCUGGUGGCUUGGUGAAAGUGAGUCUGUUUUAAAGAAAAUGUGUGUCCCCCUGAUAAUGGACAUUCCAAAGAAAAAACACAAGGUUAUAAAAUAUAACACAUUGGCGAAGAUUAAAUCACCAGCUUCCAAGUUUACAAUUAAAAAGUUGGCCCCUUGUCAUGGUUCAGAUAUUUAUGAAUUGUUAGUUGUUCCAUCAAAAAGAUAUGUAGUUUUCAAGUUGGUGAUAAUGUGAUAGAGAACCUCAGUUUCUAGGUUUCCCCAUGUUCAUAAACUGAUAAAGAUAGUAUGUAACAUACAGGUACAACUGCAGUAUACAUUUGGACACUGCUCUCUUUACAUCCUCUCUUACAUGAAUUAAAUGUUUUUGUUUUUGCCAGCUGUCUGUUCAUAUGAUAUUAAUAUUUAUAUGAAAAUCAAUGUAAUGUAUUCAAUAUCAUUGUAAUAUAUAACAAUUUAACACAUUUAAAUAUGUGAUUUUUAACUACACCACAUAAGCUAAGACAGAAGCUACUGAGACCUGCUAAACUAGCUACAUCUACCAGGCUGAGCUUGGAUUUUUCUCAUCUGUGACUGGAAUUAUCCCAUUUAUAUUGGAUAAACACAAAAGAAAAAUUAUGUGAUACUUUUCUGGCAUGAGCCAGAAGACCUUUUGUCCCAUUAGCUAACAGUUCACUAAAUGACCAUUAGCAAAUUCAAUAUCUUGAACAAAACACAAACAGCAGGUGGCAUACUAUCAUACACUGGCACUGCUGCGUCGACCAUAGGCCUACAUUAUGGGGAAAGAUUUAGUUCAAAUAGUUGAAAGGGCAUGUUGCUAUAAAUAUGUGCUAAUAUUUAAAUAACAGGGAGAUAAAGGAGAGAAGUGGAUUCUUAUGGUCAUUAUCUGUUCUUUGAAUGUGGUGGUGUAGUUGAGAGUAAUUGUA